GUGAGUGUUUUGGCCUUUAAGAGACAUCAUGAGCUGCUGAAGGUGAUGAAUUAACUGAGAUGACUGAGUCUACUGAAGAACUGCAUCCUUUUGUUAGGUACCCAGAAGACCUCUUCCCUUCCUCUGUACAUCCUGGUGGUGUUCAAUUCAGCAAGCAUUUAUUAAGCACCUCAUGUGGGAGCGGAACUGUUCUAGAUAUUCAGAACACAAAGACAAAAAUGAUAGCCGACCCACGCCCCUCUCCUCAACCAAGAGCUUAGAGACUCAGAUGCACCAUGGGGAUGCUAGUUGCCCUGCUUUCUCUGCUCCUCACAGUCCACAUUGAAGGGAAUUCAGAGGGACCCCACUGGAGUUACUCAGAAAUUGCAAGAGAUAAAGAUGGUUGGGCCAAGGACUUUCCAAAAUGUGGAGGAUCGCACCAGUCUCCCAUCAACAUCCAGACAAAAAGUAUAUCGGUGAACAAACAUCUUAAGCCUCUAGAACUGAAUUACUACAGCUUUCAAGAAGGAGAAUUCCUCCUGGUCAACAAUGGCCACACAGUCCAGUGCAGUUUGCCGUCCUCCAUGAACAUCAUUGAAGGAUUGCCCUACCUCUACACAGCUAUCCAGUUGCAUUUUCACUGGGGUGGAAAAACUGAAGACUCCCACGGUUCAGAGCACACCAUAAAUGGAGUUCGAUUUGACAGUGAGUUGCACAUUGUACACUACAAUUCUGAUAAAUACAACAGCUAUGAAGAAGCCAAAGACAAGCCUGAUGGUUUAGCUGUGAUUGCAGUUCUCCUUAAGGCUAAGGACAAACAAACGAAUCCUCAUUAUGAGAAUUUUCUUUCCCAAUUAUCCAAGAUCCAAAAUGUAGGGGAUAGCGUAACUCUGGACUCCAUUGAUGUCGAGCACAUGUUGCCCCCAAACUACUCAAGAUACUACCGAUAUAAUGGCUCAUUGACCACUCCCCCAUGCACUGAGAAUGUUAUAUGGACGGUUUUGGCAGAACCUGUCACCAUAUCUACAGAACAGUUGAAGAAGCUACAGAACUCACUCCUGGAUAAUGAUCAUGAGACACUUCAAAAUAACUUCCGGGAGGUUAAGCCCCUCAACCAAAGGAAAGUGGAGGCCAAUUUUUCACUUCAAAAAAGAGGAAAAGAAUCGGGAAGUGCUAACUCGUCACCAUCAAGGCCAUAUCGUCCUCAUUCUUUUGAGGAGUGGAAUCUGUAUCGGGGCAGUUAUGUACGGCCCAGCCACCACUACUGAAAGGCAGAAGCCUAGACGUGAUCUGGAAUGUUCUGAAGGUACCAGUGGUGGUUUUCUAAAGAAAAAAAAAUCCACCUGAGAUGCUUUUCUACAGUUUAAAAAAGUCACAAAAAAGGCAAUCCUUAUCAGAAGUAAAAAGAAGCAUUAAAGAUAACCAUUGUUGGCCACCAGCUUCCACCAUGAGCUUGAAGAUCCCACUUCACCAUUUUCUUCACCAUAAAAUCAUUCAUUGCCCUGGAUUCUUACUCAGUUGUUCCCUUUUCUAUGCCAAGCUCCUUCUUGGAUUGCUAACCUUGUACAUUUCCCAGAUAACUUAGUAGAACUGCUAUUGCUGAAAUGAUCAAGUGAUGGGAUUAAAUUAUACCUGGAAGGGUUUAAUAGAGACAGAACUGAUGAAAGAAAUGGAAAUCAAUCACUUUAUGAUAUUGAUUGUCUACUAUUAAUAACUGCUUUGAUAGACAUUAACUCUUAACCAAUCUGUCCUUCUUCUAAGCUUUGACAUGUAAUAAAAUUAUU